AUGGCGGCCCCUUCUCUGCCGCAGCAGGCCCUCACCUUCAACGAUGUCUUCGAGGAUGUCGACGACGAGCCCCAGCAGCAGCAGACCGUCCAGCACAUUCGCGCCAACUCGAGCAUCAUGCAGCUCAAGAAGAUCCUUGUCGCCAACCGUGGUGAAAUCCCUAUCCGAAUUUUCAGAACUGCCCACGAACUCUCACUACACACCAUUGCCGUCUUCAGCUAUGAGGAUCGUCUAAGCAUGCAUCGUCAAAAGGCCGACGAAGCCUACGUUAUCGGAAAGCGCGGUCAAUAUACCCCUGUCGGUGCCUACCUUGCCGGCGACGAAAUCAUCAAGAUCGCUGUCGAGCACGGCGCUCAACUGAUCCAUCCCGGUUACGGCUUCCUCUCCGAGAACGCCGAAUUCGCUCGCAACGUCGAAAAGGCCGGCCUCAUUUUUGUCGGUCCCUCUCCUGAUGUCAUUGACGCCCUUGGCGACAAGGUCUCAGCCAGAAAGCUCGCCAUCGCUGCCGACGUCCCCGUCGUGCCUGGUACCCAGGGUGCUGUCGAAACUUUCGAGGAAGUCAAGUCCUUCACCGACGAGUAUGGAUUCCCCAUCAUCAUCAAGGCCGCUUACGGUGGUGGUGGCCGUGGUAUGCGUGUCGUCCGCGAGCCUGAGACCCUCCAGGAGAGCUUUGAGCGUGCCACCUCCGAGGCCAAGUCUGCCUUCGGUAACGGUACCGUCUUCGUCGAGCGCUUCCUCGACAAGCCCAAGCACAUUGAGGUUCAGCUUCUCGGUGACAACCAUGGCAACAUUGUGCACCUGUACGAGCGCGACUGCUCCGUCCAGCGUCGUCACCAAAAGGUCGUCGAAAUUGCCCCCGCCAAGGAUCUCCCCGUCGAGACCAGAGAUGCCAUUCUCGCCGACGCUGUCAAGCUCGCCAAGUCGGUCAACUACCGCAACGCCGGUACCGCCGAGUUCCUUGUCGACCAGCAGAACCGCUACUACUUCAUCGAGAUCAACCCCAGAAUCCAGGUCGAGCAUACCAUCACCGAAGAAAUUACCGGCAUCGACAUCGUUGCCGCUCAGAUCCAGAUCGCUGCUGGCGCUACCCUUGCUCAGCUCGGCCUGACGCAGGACCGCAUCUCUACCCGCGGCUUCGCCAUUCAGUGCCGUAUCACUACUGAAGACCCUGCCAAACAAUUCCAGCCCGACACCGGCAAGAUUGAGGUCUACAGAACUGCUGGUGGUGCUGGUGUUCGUCUCGACGGUGGCAACGGUUUUGCUGGUUCCGUCAUCACACCUUUCUACGAUUCCAUGUUGGUCAAGUGCACUUGCCACGGCUCUACGUACGAAAUCGCCCGCAGAAAGGUUCUCCGUGCCCUGAUCGAGUUCCGUGUCCGCGGUGUCAAGACCAACAUCCCCUUCUUGGCCCGUCUGCUCACCCACCCCACCUUCAUCGAGAGCAACUGCUGGACUACCUUCAUUGACGACACCCCUGAGCUCUUUGAUCUGCUCAGCAGCCAGAACAGAGGCCAGAAGCUGCUCGCUUACCUCGGCGACGUCGCCGUCAACGGCAGCUCCAUCAAGGGUCAGAUUGGUGAGCCCAAGUUCAAGGGCGACAUCAUCAUUCCCGAAAUUGUCCGGUCGGACGGCACAAAGGUCGACGUCAGCGAGCCUUGCCAGAAGGGCUGGAGAAACAUUCUCGUCGAGCAGGGCCCCAAGGCCUUUGCCAAGGCUGUUCGUCAGAAUAAGGGAUGUCUUCUCAUGGACACUACUUGGCGUGAUGCUCACCAAUCUCUUCUUGCCACUCGUGUCCGUACUGUUGAUCUGCUCAACAUUGCCAAGGAGACCAGCCAUGCCCUCUCUAACCUUUUCAGUUUGGAAUGCUGGGGUGGUGCCACUUUCGAUGUCGCCAUGCGCUUCCUGUACGAAGACCCUUGGGACCGUCUCCGCAAGAUGCGCAAGCUUGUGCCCAACAUUCCCUUCCAAAUGCUCCUCCGCGGUGCCAACGGUGUUGCCUACUCCUCUCUUCCCGACAACGCUAUUGAGCAAUUUGUCGAGCAAGCCAAGAAGAACGGUGUCGAUAUCUUCCGUGUCUUUGAUGCUCUGAACGACAUUGACCAGCUCGAGGUCGGUAUCAAGGCUGUCCACAAGGCUGGCGGUGUUGUUGAGGGUACCGUCUGCUUCAGUGGUGACAUGCUCAACCCCAGCAAAAAGUACAACCUCAAGUACUACCUCGAACUCGUCGAGAAGCUCGUGAAGCUCGACAUUCAUGUUCUUGGUAUCAAGGAUAUGGCUGGUGUUCUCAAGCCCCAUGCCGCCACCCUUCUCAUCGGCGCCAUCCGCGAGAAAUACCCUGACCUGCCUAUCCACGUGCACACCCACGACUCGGCCGGUACUGGUGUCGCCUCCAUGGUCGCCGCCGCCAAAGCUGGUGCCGAUGCUGUUGAUGCUGCCACUGACAGCCUGUCUGGUAUGACUUCCCAGCCCAGCAUCAACGCCAUCAUCUCUUCUCUCGAGGGCACUGGUCUCGAGCCUGGUCUGGAUGUUCAUCAAGUCCGCGCCCUCGACACCUACUGGUCGCAGCUCCGUCUCCUCUACUCUCCUUUCGAGGCCCAUCUUGCUGGUCCCGAUCCCGAGGUCUACGAGCACGAAAUUCCCGGUGGUCAGCUCACCAACAUGAUGUUCCAGGCUUCGCAGCUCGGUCUCGGCUCCCAGUGGCUUGAGACCAAGAAGGCUUACGAGCAGGCCAACGAUCUCCUUGGCGACAUUGUCAAGGUCACUCCUACCUCCAAGGUGGUUGGUGAUCUCGCCCAGUUCAUGGUCUCCAACGGCCUUGAUGCUGAGGCUGUCAAGGCUCGUGCUGGCGAGCUCGACUUCCCAGGCUCUGUCUUGGAAUUCCUUGAAGGCCUGAUGGGCCAGCCGUACGGCGGAUUCCCUGAGCCUCUCCGCAGCGAUGCCCUGCGCGGGCGCCGCAAGCUCGACAAGCGUCCUGGUCUGUACCUCGACCCCAUCGACUUUGCUAAGGUCAAGAAGGACCUGGGUAAGAAGUACAAUCUUCCUGUUACCGAGUGCGACAUUGCUUCGUACGUCAUGUAUCCCAAGGUCUAUGAGGACUACCGCAAGUUUGUUGACCAGUACGGUGAUCUCUCUGUCCUCCCCACGCGCUUCUUCCUUUCCAAGCCUGAAAUCGGCGAGGAGUUCAACGUUGAGCUGGAGAAGGGCAAGGUCCUGAUCCUCAAGCUCCUUGCUGUCGGUCCCCUGAGCGAGAACACUGGCCAGCGCGAGGUAUUCUUUGAAAUGAACGGUGAAGUCCGCCAGGUCACUGUCAUGGAUAACAAGGCUGCCGUUGAGAACAUCAGCCGGCCCAAGGCCGAUCCCACCGACUCGAGCCAGGUCGGUGCUCCCAUGUCUGGUGUUUUGGUCGAGAUGAGAGUGCACGAGGGCUCGGACGUAAAGAAGGGCGACCCUCUGGCUGUCUUGUCGGCCAUGAAGAUGGAAAUGGUUAUUUCUGCUCCUCACAGCGGCAAGGUUGCCGGCCUGCAGGUCAAGGAAGGCGACUCCGUCGACGGCUCUGACCUUGUCUGCCGCAUCACCAAAUAA